GCCAGCGCCGCUGACGCCAUGUUUGCCACCCGAGAGCUUCCGGUGUUCUGAAACAGCUGCUUCCGCCAGCCCGGGAUCUACUUCCGGGUCAGCGCUGCAAUUCAAAGAGUGGCGGGACAGCGGCAGGAGACCAAUUUGAUGGCUGUGCGGAAGCCGUCGCUCUUCCUAGACUCCAGUGAGAGUGACUCUGAGGUUUUGCCAGUGUUCACCUUCCUGAAGAAGGAGCCACCUUCCAUUCAGAAGCUGCCUCAGAGGGCAGAGCAGAUCGUUGUGGUUGACACUUCAGGUUCCGAGGCCUCCUGCCCACCGUCACCAAGGUGGAGAGACCAGUCCCCUGUCCCAGGAGUGACUGAGACCGACAUACAGAAAGAACCGGCUGAGGUGCUGAGCAGUGGCAGUGAGGAUGGGGAGGAAUUUCUUCCCCUGGUCCAGCGGCUCAAGUGCAAGUUUUUGGCCCCUAAGCCACAGAGCCCUGACAGCUCCCCAGUCAAAACUGUGAGGCCUCAUCAAAAUAAGGAAGGAGCAACAGCAUGUGACUGGACACAACAGCCCCUCCCAAAGAUCCUGAAGGAGGCCCUUCCUGCUGUCCCAGAGGGAGGCGUGCGGAACCCCCAGAACUCUGCAGAGGACCCCCAUAGCCUCAGUGCUGCGGCUCUCCUACCUCAGAAGACAAGCAGGCCCCGGCAGAAGGCGCCGAGAGGAGGCUCGCAGGGAUGCCAGCAGCGGGCACGCGUGAGCCAGGAGGAGAGACGGAGGAAGGCGGCCCUGGCUCACCAGCUCAAAGCCCAGAGACCAGAGGAGUGCUUAAAGCACCUGGUCGUGGUGCUCGAUCCAGAACUCUUACAGGUGGAAGGUGGGGGCCAGCUCCUCGGUGCCCUGCAGGCCAUGGAGUGCCGCUGUGUGAUUGAGGCCCAGGCUGUGCCCUGCAGUGUCACCUGGAGGAGGGCCAGGCAGGCUGAGGACGGGGAGGAGGACUGGGUGGAGGAGCCCGUGGUCCUGGUGCUGCUGCCAGCCGAGGCGCUCACACCCCUGAUCGGCAGCUUCAAGCAGGCCAGUCGGGGAAGUGCUGAGAAGGGGAAGGAGACUCUGUGCAGUUUUGUCACGGACAUCAUGAGCAAGACGGCAGGGAAGGCUCUGUCACUGCUGAUUGUGGACCAGAAGCCCCCGAGUGCUCCGAACCCUCCCCGGAGAAGGAAACAGGGUGCGGGGGUGCCCAGAGACCGGGCCAAGGAGAAGCCAGUGCAGAGACAAGCAGAGGCCGGCAUCGGGCCAGGGGUGUCCAGGUUGGAUGUGGAAGAGGCGUUGGUGGAGCUGCAGCUGCACACCAUGGCGCAGGCACUCACCGUGCACAGCUGGAAGGAGCUGGCCGAGUUGGCGUGUGCCUUCACCAAGGCUGUGGCUGAGGCACCCUUCAAGAGGCUCCGAGACCAGACAAGCUUCUCCUUCUGCCUGGAGAGCGACUGGGCUGGAGGCGCUAAGGUGGACCAGGCCGGCAGGGGACUUGCCCUGGUGUGGCGGAGACAGAUUCAGCAGCUGAACCGCGUCAGCCUGGAAGUGGCCAGCGCCGUGGUAGAUGCCUACCCUGCCCCGCAGUUGCUGCUGCAGGCCUACAGGAGGUGCUCUUCAGAGCAAGACCGCUGGCGGCUGCUGGCUGACAUAAAGGUGCGUCGUGGGGAAGGGGUGACGGCCACCUCCCGCCGAGUGGGGCCUGAGCUGUCCCGGCGUAUCUACCUUCAGAUGACGGCUCUGCAGCCAGACCUCUGCUUAGACAGCACAGACUGACGUCCCCGUGGGGGUUGUGGGGGGCUGGCCAUC